AUGGCUCGGCCUGAGUACCCUCAUCAGUCAACAGUGAUGCUCGGAAGUCUUGCAUUGAUGAUGGUUCUUUUGUUCGGUGUCGCCGGCGGCAACAGCCACAAUGGUGGCAGCCUCCAAGGAUGGGAUUCCAGCGCUCAUGCCACAUUCUACGGCGACAUGCGUGGCAAUGAGACCAUGAAGGGAGCUUGUGGGUAUGGCGACCUGUUCAAGCAAGGGUAUGGACUGAAGACAACAGCCCUAAGCACCGUCCUCUUCAACGACGGAGCGACUUGCGGAGCCUGCUACGUGAUAAUUUGCAUCCAUUCCCCCUGGUGCUUACCCAACCGGCCCAUCAUCCGCGUCACUGCCACCAACUUUUGCCCGCCCAACUACUCCAAACCGACUGAGGUCUGGUGCAACCCGCCCCAAAAGCACUUUGAUCUCUCCCUGCCCAUGUUCCUCAAGAUCGCUCGCUAUCGUGCCGGGAUCGUGCCUGUGGCAUUCCGCCGAGUGAAGUGUGGUCCGAAGCAAGGAGGGAUGAAGUUCGAGAUGAAAGGGAACGAGUGGUGGCUGCUGGUGCUUGUGUACAAUGUCGGGGGAGACGGGCAAGUGGUGGACGUGAAGAUCAAGGGGACGAGGACGGGCUGGGUCGGGAUGACUCGGAAUUGGGGUCAGAAUUGGCAAACCUCGGUCGACCUCCGAGGCCAGGCCUUGUCCUUCCGGGUCACCACCAGUGACCGGAUGGUGCUCCAGUCCGACAACGUGGCGCCGCCCGAUUGGCAGUUUGGCCGGACUUAUGAGGGCAGGAAUUUCGCCGAUUGA